UGGCGUAUUACAGGAUGAGAACAUCCCGAGCCUGGGAAGUUCACAUCCCUUCAUCAGCAUCCAGCAUCUUGCCCCCACCGUCGGGUACACCCCUCCCUCCUUCCCCCGUACCCCAAGGGUCUCGCGAGCGCGCACGCGUGCGAAACUGCGUGGGAAUGGCUGUUUGUGUGAUCGAGGGGGUUGGGCCGCUUGGAGCGAGCUGAGAGCUGCAUGAGUUUGUAAUGUCCGCCAUGUUGGCCAUGGCGUAUUGAACCGGGGAGGAACAGCGGAGCCUACGAAAAAAAGAGACCGACAGAGAGCGACCGAGACCCGGGCCUGCCCGGCUCUGUUCGCGCUGCUACGGACCCAAGCCUGCCCUCAAUCGACCGGCUGACUCCUAGAGACCGUCACAGAUUCAUCCAUGAGAACUCGAGGCAGACCUGCUGUUAUUCCGAGCAGAUCGAAUAGAUUUAUGCUGCAUCUUUUACUAUAAAAAUGAGUAAAUUGUCGUUUCGGGCACGGGCGCUGGAUGCUAGUAAGCCUCUACCCGUCUUCCGCUGCGAGGAUUUGCCGGACCUGCACGAGUAUGCCUCAAUCAACCGGGCAGUGCCGCAGAUGCCGACUGGGAUGGAAAAAGAGGAGGAAUCGGAGCACCAUCUCCAGCGGGCCAUCUCGGCGCAGCAGGUAUAUGGCGAGAAGCGGGACAACAUGGUUAUCCCCGUCCCCGAGGCAGAGCGCAACAUCACGCACUACGAGUCCCUCUACCCCGGGGAGUUCAAGAUGCCAAAGCAGCUUAUUCACAUACAGCCUUUCAGUUUGGAUACAGAGCAGCCAGACUACGACCUAGAUUCAGAGGAUGAGACGUUUGUGAAUAAGCUGAAGAAGAAAAUGGAAAUCACGGCGCUGCAGUUUGAAGAAAUGAUCGACCGACUGGAGAAAGGCAGCGGACAGCAGCUUGUCAGUCUCCAGGAGGCCAAACUGCUGCUGAAGGAGGACGACGAGCUGAUCAAGGAGGUGUUUGACUACUGGAGCCGAAAGAGGAAAACCUGCAAGGGUGGCUCCCUCAUCCCCAACGUCAAGCAGGAGAAGCGGGAUGGCUCUAGCACCAGCGACCCCUAUGUGGCCUUCCGCCGACGGACGGAGAAGAUGCAGACUAGGAAGAACCGAAAGAAUGACGAGGCGUCAUAUGAGAAGAUGCUGAAACUGCGCAGGGACCUGAGCCGAGCUGUCACCAUCCUGGAGAUGAUCAAGAGGAGGGAAAAGAGCAAGAGGGAACUGCUGCACCUCACACUGGAGAUAGUGGAGAAGAGGAAUGCAAUGCCAGACUUUGGCAGCGAGGUGAUGGCAGAGGCACUUGCACAGCGAGCUCUGGUGAAGCCUGUCUACACCAUCCCCAUCAUUCCCCCGUCCAGCAGUAACCAGUACAGACACCAGGACCACUUGGAUAUGAAGGACUACAAGAAACCGGAGAAGACGGAGGCAGUGCGAACCAAAAGGCAAUAUGUAAAGAAACCCAAGAUCCCUCCUUUGUCGGCACCUCAACAUUCAGGGCCCUCGGUGUUUAAUCCCAAGGACCUCAACCAGUAUGAUUUCCCCAGCUCAGAUGAAGAACCCUUCUCACAGAUCCAUUCAGGUUCCUCAGAGGCAGAAGAGGAGAAUGACCCAGAUGGCUGCUAUGCGUUUAGGAGGAAGGCCGGCUGUCAGUACUAUGCUUCUCGUCCAGACAAGAAUGGCAACUGGCCCUGGGUAAGCCCGUCAGAGGGUGGGCUUGGCGACCCACGCUUCCGCUUCUGUCUGACCUCGCUGAACAUGCCACGGCGCUGCAUAGGUUUGGCACGGCGCCGUGUGGGCAGAGGGGGCAGGAUCUUGUUGGACAGAGCGCACACAGAUCUCGACAGCAUCUGUCAGAGCCUGGACUCUGACCCGGAGCCCGAACCACUCGCCUCACCACUUCCAAGUUCUCCGCUCCGCAACUCCAACGCCAGUACCUCAGAAACCAAUACCUCGGACCCAACCAGCUCCUCCCACCUUCCCUCCUCCUCAUCACCCCUGUCGUCAUCAUCGCCAACACCUAUGGACCUCAGCCAGAUUCUUUUGAACAUUAAAUCUUGCCGCUGGAGGCACUUCAGACCACGGACGCUAUCCCAUCACCCCUUGGGUGGAGGAGACUUGUCUCGCAGAGGAUUUAGGGAUUUUAGCCGGACAGCGUCAGGACUAACCCGGACCCUGUCUGGAGGAGCCAGCUCCCAGAACCGCACCGGCCCAGCCCCCACCCCUGUCAAUGUGUACACAGCAGAGCAGUACCAGCAGCACCAGGAGCAGCUGGCCCUCAUGCAGAAACAGCAGCUGGAGCAGAGCCAACAGCAGCAACAAGCCAACAACCCUGCAACAAAUACCAACACACAGGCGCUCGUGUCCAAGACGCUGGACCAGGCCAGCGCCCAGUUCGCUGCUUCGGCUCUCGUCACCACGGACCAGCUGCUGGCCUUCAAGUCCAAAGAGGAGCUGGUGCUGGCAAGUGGAGUCAACGGGGUCCUGGCAGGUGCAGGUGUUUUCAAAGGCUUGCACCUCUCCAGCACCACCACAGCUCUUCACCAGACCAACCAGUCGACACACACUACCACCUCCAUGGCCCCGACCUUCCUCCAGCCCUCCUCCAACUCGGCCACCCCUUCACCCGCCAACGCCGUCCCCGCCUCCCUCACCUCCACCCCCAGCGCCCAUGCAGCAGCAGCGCUGGGGAUCCUGGGAUGCAGCGCCGCCAACGCCACCCCCGCCACCACUCAGGUCCUCAUCGGGAACAACAUCUGUCUGAGCGUGCCGUCGGCCGCCAGCCUGGCCGGACGCCACAUUCCCCGGACCCUCGGCAACGUGCCACCCUCUGCCUUAAAGCUGUCCGCCACCACCAACCUGCAGAUGCCCAAAGUCUCCGGAGCAUCGUCUAUGGACAUGGGCUCAAGGGAUAAUCACGACGAAGACAAGCCAGCACUGAACAGUAUAGCAGACAACACAGUGGCCAUGGAGGUGACGUAGUAGCGGUGCAGUGAAGAGUCCGCUCUUUAGGUGCUGUGCAUCGUAGCAUCGGGAAUGCAAAAGGGACAGCAGGACUCUGAUGCAGACUGACAGAAUGACGAGUGGCCGCGGCCGCUCGCUUGCAAUUCUCAUCUCUCAUACUUUUUAAACCUUUUUUUGUUUUGUUUUUUUGUUACUGUUAAAAGUAAAAGAUGACAUCUGUAAAUUAUGAAUAUGGCAAAAUUAGUAUCUGUACAGUAACUACAUAUUUGUAAUAUCCCCCUUGUAUAUAUUACUUGAAUACAGAACUGUCCAUUUGUGAUGUUUUGCACUUGGGAGUCAAACUUAAAGGAAAAAAAAGUAAGCCAAGUAACUUGUGGCGAGUGUGAGAGAUGUGGGAGUUGUAUAGAGAAGAGUUUUAUCACAUCAUGUGCAUGGUGCGGAGCCUGCUGUUUUUAUCUAUUUAUUGUGCUGUGUUUACAGUUUUUUUGUUUUGUUUUUGGUUUUGUUUUGUUUUUUUAUUUGUACACUGUACCUUUGUUGGUUCCUGUGCUGUAGUAAAUGUUAGGUAGCUACGGACUCCUGGGUAUUUUUGUAUAUUGUGAACACCAAGCAGGUUCCCCCCCACAUUUAUUUUGGGUCCCUGUGCUUCUCUCUGUGGAUCAUGUGAAAAUCAAUGGUGACAUACAUACAGACCGGGAGGCCAGGAGAACCAGGAGGAGGAGGAUGAAGAAGAUGAGGCAGUGUGUUGGCGGGUGACUGCAGUUCACUUGAAGAGAGGCGCUCCUCUCUUCCUGGGAGCUUCCAUUAACAUUGUCCCAAACACAAGUAACAAAACAGGGAUGAAGUCUCUUCCCAGAAGCCUCUUCUGCUUCUGAUUAAAGCACUAUUUUUUGUGAUUUUUUUUUUUUUUUCAUGGUUUUGAUAAAAUAUUAAUGCUGCUUUUGUAUUUUGUUUGUUUUUAAAGGGGUUCUUCAUUUUCAUGCAAGCGGAGUCCCCUUUGUAUUUUGUUUUAUCCCACAAACAUUUUUGUAAAACAAAAAUUCAGUUAUUUUUGUAUUUCUUUUCUUUCUUUUUUUUUUCUUGUGGUAAACUUGAUUGUAACUUGCUUUUUGUUCAAUGAAAGACUUCAUUCUUUGGUUCUUUUGUUACUUGUUCAUGCAUAGGUGAUAAGGGAGGUGAAUGGGCAGUAAUCGCUGUACGUGUUUCAUCAUUCCAGUUUUUAAUAACAAAAAAAAAAUGCUAAUGAGGGGAUGGAGGGGUGUUGGGAAAACAUGUUUUCUCCUCUCUCUUCCCCUUUUUCUUUAUGUUCUUUUUUUCUUUGAAAAAAUAAUCUCCAGACGGCUGCAAGGCCAAAAACCACAAGUAUUUGGGUGCCUUCCUUUGGGGAAUUUUAUGUACUCUCUUCUGUGAAGAGUUAGGCACAAAGGCAGCAUUACUUAGUAGUGCUUCUCGUCUUUGUCAGAAUCUGAAUGCCCAGUCCAAUGGCAGGAUAUAUCCUUGAGGUUUACUUGUCCCACCUGGAGGCUGAAAAGACUAAAAAAAAUGUGACAGAACUCUCACUAAAAUAAGACAAUAAAGCCCAGGGCAUUAAAUGUGAA